UGUGGGUAACAGGAAGUUUAGACUGUCUGCGUUGACAGUGAAAAUAUUUAGGAAAAUUAUGAAUGUUGUGGAUUAUUCUCCCUGUGUAGGGGCAUGUACAUCAAAAUACAGAUAGAACUAUUCAUGAUUUAAAGUUUGUCAACACUUUGACGUGCUGACAUAUGCUUACACGCAGGACAAUCGUUGAAAUGUCACAUUGGAACAACUGGUGGUGAACCAGAAAACGUAAACAACGGACGGACUAUGAAUAUGGCUGCUGGAAAGUUAAAUAGUCAAGAUAAGAAGGACUUGGAGAAAUUCACAAAGUUUUUCAUUUUCAAGAGCCUUCAAAUCAUCGUUCAAUCAAGACUCGGCGAAAAGAUCAGGACCAAGUCAAAACCAUUUUCAUCAGGCGCAGACUGGUUCAAUCUUGCCAUACGGGACAUCCCAGAAGUACACUCUGAAGCAAAGAAGGUAUUGUCUGGCCAGCAGUCUAUGCUGGGUCAGGAUGUGUGUGUGGAGAUAUCCCUGCGAACGGCAGAGGGCGACACCAUGGUCUUAGAGACGUGGUACAUCUCCCUCAACAAGGAACAGUGUGAACCGGGUGUCAAGGUCUCCUACACCGUCUACAACAGGAUGGGCAUAGCUUUAAAAUCGUUAUUCUCAGUUUCUCGUGUUCCUCCUGCCUACAGGUUAGCGAGGAGACAGAGUGCCAAUGGAGGAGGAGAUUAUGUCAUAUGCUACAGAAUCUAUCUCGGAGAUCCACAGUUCUUUCAGUUGGGUGAUGGGUACCAGUCUACUAAGGUUGGAGCAAUUCCUACGCCGGUAGGGACAAUCUUGCUGAAUUUGGCUUACCGGACGAAGCUGCUCAUUUCUCCACACAAAACUACCAAGGAUUUACCUUUUGAAGUUAAGGACGAUCAUUUCAAGAGAGAUGCCAGCCCAAAACUACCGACAACACCUAAACCCUGCAGUUUAGGUUUUAGAAGGAACAGCACCUCUGAUGAGCUCCUGAACGUGGGCCUGGACAGACAAGACCUGUGUUCCACCAUGUUCUCUACCAGCCCCUCAUCCGACCUCAACAUCAAUGAGUGCGGAAUGGCUCUCAACACUCAGCCACUUUGUAUCAUCAAUGAAAAGUCAACAGAAGACAAGGAUGACCAUCGACCCAGGAGCGUUCCAGAGAAGGGUUCAAACAGCUUCACAGAGCUGCAGAGGGUGGGGGCGUUUGCGACACACCGCAGCAUGAAGGACUUGAAAACUGACAUGGAAGAGAUCCCCUUCUUCAGCCUCCUGGCUCCGACCAAACCUGCAGAAUUACCACCACCGCCCCCACCACCUAUAGAGAAACUCAAAUCCUCUAUCACAUCAGGAGAGACAGACAACAUGGAAACCACAACCAACUCGGCUGGAAGUGAUAUUAACAAGAGCAAUAGCAGCGAUGCUUCAGCACCAGAUGAUUUUGUGAUGGUGGAAUUGAAAACACCAUUUGCAGGAGCAGACGCCAACACUGACCUUGGCAAGUUCUACCGAGAGUGUCAGGGUGCACCGAACUUGAAGAUGUUCGAUGAGGAGGAGAGUGGAUUUAACGAGACAUUGGAAGUGGUCACAAACCAGCUGGCUCUGUUCGAGUCUGACAUGAAGGGUUUUGAUGAAUUUGUUGAUUCAUUAAAGGACCAGGAUUCUAGCGGGUAGACAUACCUGAGCACAAGCUGCUAUACUGACCAAACGACUCAUGCUAUGAAACACUGAUAGUCUUAGACAAUAUGCCUCCUGUCUUGCAUGGUGUAAACCACACUUUUCUCACAUAUUUUUGCACUCAGAAAGGGUUUUAUGUCAGAAUAAACAGAAAUAGUGUGCAUCUUUGACUGAUUGCCUGAUUUCUUUGAAAAGAAAUCUAAAUACAAAUCAGUAAAAACUUUUUAGGAUAUCUUUGGUUUUGGUCUACAGAAUUUAAAAAAAAAAAAUUCUUUCAUGUGGUGCAACUCUGAAAAUCCAGUAUCGUUUACAAUAAAAUUAGAUAAAACAUCCCAGGUUGACAAUUCAGAGCGAUAUGUCCUCAUAGAGCUGUCCCCUACAGUGAUGGUCCAGAAGACGUGUUUUCCCAACCGUCAGGGUCUCAGUGUGUGUGGAGUAUGUUGCGUGAUGAAACUUAGUGCUAGGAGCAGCCGAGGAGGGACUGCGUACAUACAAUGUAUACUUAUCAUACUCAUAGAAAGGCAUUUUCUAUUUUUUGCAUUUUACCAUGACUGUAGCUAGGUGUUAAGCUUGGAGUAGAAAAGUUACUUUAAUGACCAUAUCUAAUUACAUACGAUACUGGAUGAUCAAAAUUUACAGUGAAACGUUGUGGAGAGGAUGGACUCCACUACGAAUGAGAGCAACGUUUCAUUGCGAAACAUCAUUAUUCAUUCUAAAAAUAACCCUGUUGGGAUGCCCAGUUCAAACUGCUCCCCAGCGAUCUACACUGGUCCUGAGAGGUGACUUAAUGAAUUGGAUGAUCAGACUCGGAGAUUUGGUUGAUUGCAUGUCAUCGUACCCCGACUGUGUGGAUUGUUGCUGACAAUAUCAAUCACUGGAUUGUCAGGCCCAGACUUGUUUAUUUACAAGCCACUGUCAUAUAGCUGGAAAAUUGCUAAUGGGGCAUUAAACAACAAACAAUAAUUCUGAAAAUAUACCUCACUGAAAACAGUUCUCCUCAAUGAUAAACUGAAAUUUUGUUUCCGUUAUAAAAACUACUUUCUUAUAAAAUUGUCAGGCUAACUGUGACAUAGUCUUUGAUAUUCCUUCAUGGAAUGUGGAUUGGUUUUCACAUCUCAAAAUGGAGGUGUAAAUUGUUUGACCUAUGUCUGAAUGUUGUCAAAUGUGAUACAGCUUUGAACUGCAGCUAAAUACAAUAUUGCUGCGUACUACUUGCCAAUAAUGCAAUGUGUGUAAAGUGUCUAUAAGUGUAAAUAUCAACACCUCCAUAUAAUGGAAUGUAUUUGUGUCGUGUAUGUUAUGUUGCUGUUACAAAUGUGUAUUUUUAAACGUAGCCUAUCUCACACUAUGCAUUUCUUCUUUUAUCUUCGAUCCUAUAUGGAAACAUGGUUGAACAGAGUUACCAGCCUCUAGAAAACAAUCCACCCAAACACAUCCCAGCAUCACUAUGGUCACCUCCCAAACAAAUGGGUCACGAAUAUAAUCCCGAGCAUAUCGACCUACACAAUGUGAUCACAUGCCUCGUUUGUCGGUCACUUCAUUCUCUUUCUCCAUGCAACACUGUCGUGACGUGUUGGAUUAGAGAAUACAUUUUGUUUCUCAACGUUUUCCAUAUACUUGGCACAGCAAUUUUGAUGUCACGAUAAGCAGAAUGGGAAAGAAGAAGAAAAAACGUCAACAGAUAAUCUGCGAAAUGUGAAGUGUGAGAUAGGAUAAGUAUAUAAAUAUACAAUGUAUUGGAUAUUUUCCAAUUCUGACUCAGAAGUAAAAAGAGAUUGGUUUAUGUGAAUGAGAAUGACUAUUCAAGAUGUCAAUCAACUGAUAAACAUGUCUAACAUUAUACAUGUACAUCUUCCUAAAUGUAUAUGACUAUGACAUUAACAUGACAGGUGGUUUUUUUUAGCUUCUCGCACACCUGCAAAAGUUUUGAAAUUAUUUGCAGACAAUAAAACAAUUAUCCAUACUUAGUAGCAUACUCAAGAAGAAAUAUGAACCCCACAAACAUUUCAGAAGUCAUUGUAAGGGAGAACAUUGUUUUCUGUUUUACAGUUAUUAAACAUACUUAGUUAUUCAGAUGUGAUAUAUAUCUAUAGAUAAGUAUGCUAUUUUCCAGUGUCUCAGUGCCGACAUAAUCAGGAAGUAUAGCAUAUAUGAAAGAAACUGUUCACAAAUAGCCAAAGACUGAAACCUUAUGUAUGCUUCCCUUUGUCUUGUUCAUAUUGUAAGUAUUUAAUUACUGAUCAGAACAGCUGACAUUCCAAAUCCAUCAUUUCCAAAAUACUUGUAUCUUGUGAGAAUAGAAAGUUUUAAACAGGAAAUUAAGUCUUUUAGCACAAUUUUUCUCCGUGUCUCCAAGUAAUACUAAUUAAUACUGCAGUAAGAUCUUGCUAGCGUCAACCUCAUUAACACAGUUUAUCCCUUAAUAAGAGCAGGAGCCCAGUUAUAGUAGGGUUUCCAGAAUGAAAUGCAAAGUGUGGUCCCCAAAUGCAGGGGAUGAUAUGAUACCAUAUUUGCUGUAAGGCACUUUGCUGGAAUAAGCACCCUCUGACAAACAUCUACACCAAUCUGUAAGGAAUUUAUAUAAACCUCCCCUGCUAAGGUCGACAGUGUACAUGACAGUAUAUAGUUUCUUGCGUAUACAGCGAUGUAGAAGGGAUAUAUAUAUUUGCCUAGUAACUAUUAUCGAAAAACAAUGUUAGUUUCACCAAUGCUGGAAACCCGAGAUUGUUUACUACUGCUCAGACACUGACAACAAAUUUCGCACGUUUAUGGUUUUAAUUAGUGUCCCCCCGUUGUCUGUUUCCUAAAGGCUCAUGGCACUUAUUUGCAGCAAAUACAUAGUAUAAUCCAGUUAUAAAAUUUGUGGAAUAUCAAACCAAAAUUGGAGACUCUUAAAAAUAUUUGUGAAGACCUGCUUCUCAUUAAGUCAAGAUUGACAGUUCCUGGUAAAGUCUUGAGACAGUUCCGGGUAAAGUAUUGAGACAGUUCUGGGUAAAGUAUUGAGACAGUUCCUGUUAAGGUCUAGAGACAGUUCCGGGUAAAGUAUUGAGACAGUUCCUGUUAAGGUCUAGAGACAGUUCCUGAUAGUCUUAAGGCAGAUCCUGGUAAAGUAUUGAGGUUCUGCAAUGGGAUAAAAACUGAAACAAACUUUGACCUGACUUGUAUUUUGUGAAUUGUCAGCACCCCUGAAUGAGUUUACCAUGAUGUGAAGUGUAUGAGCUUGGCUUCAAGUAUCAUACUACCGGUAACUGUUGUGGUGUUAUUAACUGGCAAAUGGCAACAAUUAUCUCCAACUUGCUCAGCAUUACUCCUGGCCAUUCACUGUGUGUGUCGAACCUAUGUACAGAUUUAGUAGGAAGGAGACACAUUGUAUAUUUUUGAACUUCCACAGUUUGAAACUACAUUGCAAUAAUAUAUCAUGCAAGUGUUGACUCUUUAAUGCUUUAAAAAACUAUUCAAAGAGUUAAUAUUGGUUGUAUUCCCAUGAUUGUGUAGUAUGGUAUUUAUUGUGUACAUGUUACAUUUUUUAUUGUGUCAUCUAGUUGGAUUCAUUUGUAAAUAUUCAGUGUGUUUAAUGAAUGUUUAAAUGUUCAGUUGCCAGUACCCCUGAUUUCAGACAAGAACUAUGUGAAUGUCACUUUUUGAAAACUUAAGACAACCCAUAUAGCUAGUCUUUUGGAGUUUAACGACCGUUACAGAUUAGAUCUGUUUUGCAGUUUAUAUGUCAUAUGCAUGUUCAUGCAUUUCAGAGGCAAGAUCAAAAGUGCACCAGUUUCUACUUUUUAAACUAUAAAUUGUGAUAUAGAUAAUUUGACUACAAAAUUCAUUUCUGGUGUCCCUCUGCCGUGACAUUGCUGAAAUAUUGCUAACAGCGGUGUUAAACCUAACUCACUGAGUUGUUAAAGAUAUAAACAAUGCAUAUUUCUUCACUUGGUAAACCCACCAACCCUAUAACAUUACACUGCUCUUGGCCAACUCCACACAGGGCUGUUCUGCUCCCUACCAUCAUAAUGACACAUGUUCCUUGUGUUUCCAUCUCUCUCUGAUUUGAGGGAGCUUCACAAACUGAUUCUUUUUAUCAUCUAUGCCUACAAAUGUAUUCUGGUCGCUAGCAGUUUGAUGGAACCAUUUCAUUAAUGCCCACUAGAUUUAUUUUCUAAUGUAAUAUAUAAUGUUUGGCAUUUUUCUUAAUAAAUAGUACAUAGAAUAGAAAUAGGAAAGUUUUGAGCUUGCGCCUGAAAGAUCUAUCAUUAUGAUAUUGAUGAAAAUACUUAUAUUUGACAAAAUUCCUUUUGGUGAUUUCUUAGAAGUGUCAUCAUAAGACACGUUCAACUUCAAGGGAGAUAAUUCUCACAAGGCUCUUGAAACCUAAUGCACUGGUGUGCAUGGUAUUCUGUCUGAAGUUUGUGUAACAUCAGUUUUUUUAAGGUUGAUUUCAUUUUCUAAUAUUUUGCGACAUAACAAUCUAAUGUUAAUCUCAUACAUCUGUCAUUGAUACAUAUCUGUAUUUAUUUUCUUUGUAAUUAGUGAAUCAACUUCUACAUUUUGAAUAUGAACUUGUCAUGGUACCCACUUCUUCCGACCUAGGGUUGCUUGAUACAAUGAAAUCCACAUAUUUAUUGCCAUUCAGAAAUAUUUUGGUCUUAUGCACAGCCCUCCUCUGGAGAACGUCCCCGCAAGAGUAUUAUGUUUCUGUUUAAAGACCAACCCUAAAACACUGACUCUGAAGUAGCACACCAUCUCAUACUGAACACAACAGACCACCGUAACAUUUAAAAAGGCAUUAUUUGAGAAGAACUUGUUUGUUUUUUUCAGUAAGAAAUGUAAUCAAGAAAACAGAACUGAUUUAACAUGGGGAUUCCAGGUAAGAAUACAGGUCCCCAACAACCUAUGCUUGUCAUAAGAGACGACUAUAUGGAUCUGGUGGUCGGGCUUGCGGACUUGGUUGAUUGCAUAUUGUAUUCUAAUUGUGCGGAUCUAUACUCAUGAUGUCAAUCAAUGGAUUGUCUUGUCUUGACUCGAUUAUUUAAAGACUUCAGUCAUAUACCAGGAAUAAUGCUGAGUGCUGCGUUUAACAACAAACAUACAAACCAAAACACAUUUAAUGAGCAUAUCAAAGGCGAGGACAUGGUCGACCAUGGCUGACCAAUGUUCUAUACAGAUAUAAAUCCAUGAAUGAUGUGUGCCAGGAUCCUAUCACUGGUUCAUAUGGAGAAACAUUAAAUGAUUAUGGGACUUAAUUCUUCAACUCAAUGUGGAUUCCAUAUAAGAUGGGGGUCGGGUAGCUUAGUGGUUAAAGCGUUAGCUUGUCACGCCAAAGACCCGGGUUUGAUUCCUGACUUGGGUACAAUGUGUGAAGCCCAUUUCUGGUGUCCCCCCACCGUGUUAUUGCUGGAAUAUUGCUAAAAGUGGUGUAAAACCAUACUCACUCACUCACUCCAUAUAAGAUAUAUAUUCAUAUGUAGAAGUUGAUUCCUACAUGUAACACAUCAGCCUGAUCUGUGUUUUGUAAAUAUAUGUGCUUCAACAGAUUGAUCGUCCAUGUGCUGAGGGUGUUGAGAUGAAUGUUAGCAUGUUUGAAUGAGUGAGACCGGAGAGCAGUUCAAUAUUCUAGUGUAAAGAAUUAUUUGAAAUUCUGUUUUGUUAAAAAUUUGAAAGUAACACUUCAAAGGGCAGAUAUGUUUGUUAUAUCUGGCAUAACAUUGUUGUGAAGAACAGACUUUCAAGUCUGCUAUUGGCAUUUUCUUGUUCAGCAAUGAAUGGGUACCGAUGGGAUGUGAUGGUAAAUUGUGACUGUCAAACUUAUUGCAUCUCACACGAAGCUUGGGUUGUCUACUCCCCAGGAGCUGAGAUUAAAAUUUGAGUGCCCUCUGAUAAAUUGAUGAUUUUGUGCUUUGAGCAUACAUGAGGAUGCAGUUUUGCACUAUAUAAGCAGCUUUGAUAAGUUGAAGAAACUGCGAUUAUUUUGUUGAGCAACUUUAUUAAUGAGUUUCAUUUUAAGUUUUGCACUAGUCAGAAAUUUUGUAGAAUUUUGUGAUCUCUAAUAUGUUAAUAUGGUUAUCGAAAAGUUGUAAAUAUAUCAAAUAGGUUUUAUGUCAGAAUCUGCUGUUUGUUUGAUUUACAUUUUAUCAUAUUUUGUUAUGUUUUCAUUAGUUACUACUGAGAUUUAUCAAAUGUGUUGUACAUAUCUGUGAAAAGAAUUGUGUUAAUCUUUCUGUUUGCUACUUAAAAGAUGCCAUUGAUAUGAUUGUUUCUUUCAACAUAGUUGUUAAAAGGUAUGAUAUUGCUGUUCUGUUUCAGUUAUAGGGGUUGAUGAUUUUGUUAAAACAAACCUUUUUUCCCUUGUAUCUGUUUUUGGUUCCAGCUGUUCAGAAGCUGUUGAUCGAUUGUAUGAAAGCCUUUUAGGAUACUAUGUUGCAAUUUCAAGAUAAUAAGUUGAAAUUUUAAUGUAUGUAUCUUGAAAUUUCAGCUUGGUAUAUUGAAAUACUAAGUUGAAAUUUCAAGAAGCAAUGUUGAAAUUUCAAGGUACUAAGUUAAAAUUUUACUAAGUUGAAAUGUCAAGACACAUACUUAGUUGAUAUUUCAAGAUAAAAAAAUUAGCUUGUAAUUUCGCCUUAGUUUCUUGAAAUUUCAAGAAAGAAAAUAAAAAACAAAUGGCCCUAAAAGGCUUUUAUGCAAUUGUGACUGCUGGUAAAAGUUCACAGACGGAGCCAAUUUGUCGCAGGCAGCAAUUGGAUGUCACUAAACAUAGCAUUCAUUUGGUCUCGGUAUUGAAUGAAAACAAAUAUCUGACAGUAUGCAGUUUGUGAACUAAAAUCAAAAUCGAGGUGUUGACAUAUCUACUUUUUGUUUACAUUCAUAAUGAAGGAUGCUUUGUAUGCACACCAUCAAACUGAUACGGUACAUAUUUUUACCUCUUCUUUUGGCACCCCUAUUGGAUAAAAGCACUGUGCUUGCUGUGCAAACCAACAAUGGAACCAGUUUGUCAGAAUCAUUUUGUAACUGCAAUGGCCUCUAAUUGUGGAGCAGGUACACCUAUCACUGACAGUGAGAACUUGCAUCCACGUUGUGGACCAUGGAACGAGGUACAUGCGCAAGGUCAGCUAAGAUUUGGACUUGGCUAAAGAUACUACAGGGAUGAUCACCUACAAAGAUGACACUCGUGUGUUAUAUGCACCCUUAAUUAUGGGCAAUUAAAUUCUGGAAAAAUAUAUCUCUCGUACAUAAACAUUUCAGGCUGUCAGCAUAAAUCACGAAAUUUAUCUUUUUUUUGACAAAAUAAUAUUCUAAAGAGAGCCCCCUAUUUCUAAUUUUGAGAGUGCCCUGGGCGCUUAUUACGUCAAAUACGGUAAAUGAAACAAAUUAAUUAUAUUUUGCUGACACUAAUUUUUACCAUGUUUUGAUAAAUAAGAGGAUACAUUUUUACAUCAUCGCACCACAUCACACUGACAACCUGGUUGAACGAAAUUGUUCUACAUCUUCCAAGGUUAUUUCUCAACACUGAACCAAGGCAUCAUUCAGUAACAACUAUUCCUUUCAUUUAUGUUUGUAUUGUGGGUUGAAUAAUAAUGGGUUGGAUAUUAAUUUGUGUCUGCCAAACUUUUGUAUUCUGUACAGCAACUGAUUGUAUAUACGGGGAGUAUGACAUAUUGUGUGCUUGAAGCUGUCAUUGUGAUGCACUGGGUGUUGCAUUAUCCGAAUAAAAUAACUUCAAUCUU